AGGUGAUGGCUUCGUCAACCUCUACUCCGCAAUCUAUCAAGACUGUUUUGAAAAACUUAAAAACCAUUAAACGGAUGGCUUUUGACAUAGGGCAAUCUGUUGUCAAGAUUGCCUACACCGCCACAGUAGCAAGGAGGAGAACGACAAAGGAAAGGAAGUUGAUACAUGAUGCCAAACAUGCGCUGCGACUGUAUUGCAUCCAAGUCAGGCUCGAUGAUUUUGAAGCAGUGCUCUCAUAUAUAGCCGAGAACGGGCGUAUCUCAACCAACAAGGCGACUUUCGCAAGCACCUCUUCAACGCAUCACUUGGAGCAGAUGAUCAUUGAUAAACUUGGACUCGAGCUCCAUAAAGUUAAAGAGAUGGAUUGUCUGGUACGUGGAACUAACUUUUUGUUACGAAACAUCGAAGCCGAGUCUUUUACAUAUGACCAUCAUAACGAACAAUGUCGUUAUUAUUUUGAAACUAUUCGCCCAUCUAUGAUAUGUCCGUACCUACUUGUCAAUGUUGGCACGGGUGUUUCCGUUUUUCGGGUCGAUAGUGAUUGUAAAUAUGAAAGAGUUGGAGGCUCUUCAUUGGGGGGAGGCUGCUUUUUUGGCCUGGGAAAUCUCCUAACCUCCGAAGUAGACUUGGACGAAAUGAUGCGCAUGGCCGAGGAGGGUGAUCAUCGACAGUUUGAUAUUUUGGUAUCAGACAUAUACGGCGGAAAGUAUACAAAUAUGGGACUCAGCGGUGAUCUUAUCGCUGGAUCUUUUGGUAAAUGUGCCAGGAAAUGUCUCGCAGAUGAUUUGAAAAAUUGCCCAGACUACAAGAAUAACGUGAUGCGAAGCCUUUUGCUCAUGAUCAGUAAUAGUAUUGGUCAGUUCGCUUUCCUUUAUGCUCAAAGAGAGAAAACCAAUAGGAUUUACUUCGACGGGUUCCUCAUCAGGAAUCAUGCUAUCAUAAUGCGGACUAUAUCGUAUGCAAUCGACUUUUGGAGUGAAGGGACCCAGCAAGCGCAUUUUCUGCGACAUGAAGGCUAUACCUCAGCAAUUGGAGCAUACCUCAGCGGCGCUUCUUUCGUUGAUCUUUCGCAAGCCGGAUUCGGAGCUGGAUACGAAGCUGAACGUCUUUCAUGGCGUGAGUAUUACUCAGGGUGUUCUGAACUUGGCAGAUUUGUUCCAACUGCUCCGCUGUCUAUGGGAUUCACGGCUGGUGUGCUUGAACUCGAAUGUGCGGAGAUUAUAUUGAGGCCGUUUCCUCUUCUAGCUGAAAAUUUGAAGGUGUACAAACCUGAUGUGGCUGACCUCAAUUUAGAUGGCGAAGCAAGGGAGUUUUGGCUCAGAACAUUCGAGAAAAGUGUCGACAGCGUGACCAAGAAAGCUCUGGAAUCUCAAGCGAGUUGCAGUAGUGCUGUUCAGCGGGUUCAGGUGUUCAGAGAGAAAUAUCUGAAGCAGCUGCAGAUCAUAAGGGAAAAGCCAUUUGCUUACGGCAAUUCCAAUGUGAGAAACCUUCUUGACCUUCGAGAGCAGCUCCUUAAUGAGCAGGAUUUUGACGAUUCAUACCUCCAUCAGAAGAUUGUCGAAAAUGCCGCAUCUAUAGAGCAGUUAUCAGCAUUACUCAAGAGCAUGGAUGAGAUCGUGGAUAGUUCUGAACGUCUUUUUCGAGUUUCAAAAGGACUGCUAGCCGGUAACGUUUUCGAUUGGGGCGCAGAGAAAGUUGUGGAAAUGAUGGAGUCUGCGGAAGGUCUUCCAUUCGAUGUUGCGGUCGCUUCCAUCCCUGAAAGACCAUGGCUGAUUGACACGUACGACGAAUUUGCGAAGUCUCUGGACCAAAAGCCAUAUAACUGCGCUGCCAUAUUCGUGGACAACAGUGGCGCUGAUUUUCUCUUAGGCGUUAUUCCUUUCACAAGGGAACUCAUCAGACGUGGUACAAAGGUCAUAAUCAUCUCGAAUCUGUCGCCAGCACUCAACGACUUAACUUACGGUGAAAUGUUAGGAAUGGUGCCUCUGCUACGGAAGGCUGACCCGUUCUUGCGAGAUGCUAUCGAUAAGGAGCUGUUAAUGUUCGAGCAUAGUGGUCAGGGAUCACCUUGUUUAGAUUUAAGAAGGGUACAUUCAACCCUUAAUCGGCGCGUUCUAGAAGAACAAGUGGAUCUUAUUGUGAUCGAAGGAAUGGGUCGUGCCCUGCAUACCAACCUAUACGCUCAUUUUUUGUGUGACUCGUUGAAGGCAGCUGUCAUCAAAACUCAGUGGUUGGCCGAUCGGAUGGGCGGCGAAAUUUUCUCUGUUGUGUUCAAGUUUGAGAGAGGCAAAAGGAACGGUUCUAAUGCGCAAGCGAUUGUUCGCAGUGUUUCAGACUUCUAAUUUUCUGUUUUACUGCUCAAACUUUUCUGUGAUAUCUAACAUGUGAUCUACUUUAUUCAAAUGACGACUACACUGUUGUUGCUGUUAUUUGGUCUAGUCGACUUACAACUACCGUUGUACAAACUACUUACUCUCGAGAAUUCUUUCAAUGUACAUAAGAUUACCCAUCUCUCACUUGUUCGUUCUCUAUUGUUCAAUCGUGAUAGUGAUAACUAGAUUGUGAUACUUAGAUUUUGCUUA